CUGACCUCAGAUGAUCCACCUGCCUUGGCCUCCUGCAGUGUUGGGAUUACAACCGUGGCCAGCUGGUGUAGUUGUUCUUGGUUGAAGCUGCCACCUCCUGGUGGGUUUCCCUUGCUGCCCAGGCCCCGCCCUAUGUUAUCUCUGGACUGCUUUUCCUUCACCUCGGCUUCUGCUUCAUUUCUGUCCUCAGUCAGCCCUGCAUCUCUCCCAGCCAUCACAGCUUUCCAGGUUUCUCUUUCCCAUUCAAUGGGCGCCUCUGUGCAACAUAAAAUGCAUGCCAAGUCCCAGCGGUGCCGAGUUGUUUGGGGGGUGUGUGUGUGUUUCCUUCUCAUUUCAGUUUGCUUUUCGAAAGAAAAAAAAAAAUAAGUCAUAGGUACUUCUGGAGCCCAACCUCUUGGCCUUUUAGCUUUCAGAAAAUAUUAAAUAUCUCUUUCUUGCAUUUAUAUAAAUAAACUGAUAGCCUAGAACAUUUUGUAUUAAAUGUUUAAGUCUUUUCGAGAACCACCAGGAGCUUUCGAGACCUACACACAGACAGCCCGAUUCCUGGCCACCUUUCACUGUGCAAGACUUGCCUGGGAUGGUUUUUUGAAGAUGGUGUUCAUCACUCAGCUGUGAUUGCCUGGCUCGACAGAGGAAGUGGAUUCUCUUUAAACACGGCCCCCUCCCCUUAAAAGAGAAAAACAGGAUAAGAUCCAGAACAACCCCGGAAAGUUGAGGGCCGAGGGCUAAAAGACUGUGCAGGGUAACAACACCAGAUAGGAAAUGCUCAGCUAACAGGACUCCAUCCCCUGGACUGUGGCAGGAAUGUGGGUCAACAUUGGGAAACCUGAAAAUUCCCCCACGGAAAUGACUCCAAGGGACAGACCGGGAUUGGUGAGGAAAGGGCACGGCUGCUUAGAAGUAGCCAGGUUUCCUGGAUAUCUUUAUCUUUUUCCAACACCGGCUUGGAAAAUGUGAGACUGCCACCCGAGGCGUGUUGUCAGUGGUGCCUGUGGUGUGAUAUUCUCUUUCUUUCUCUGUAGUUGGAGGCUGGGAGCGAUGAAGAUCGAAAGUUAAACCUCAGCUUAAGCGAGAGCUUUUUCAUGGUGAAAGGCGCGGCCCUCUUCUUACAACAGGGAAGCAGCCCUCAAGGCCAGCGGAGUCUUCAACACCCCCACAAGCAUGCAGGUGACCUGCCUCAGCAUCUUCAGGUGAUGAUCAACCUUCUGCGUUGUGAAGACAGAAUCAAGCUGGCCGUGCGCCUGGAGAGCGCCUGGGCGGACCGGGUCCGGUACAUGGUGGUGGUGUACAGCAGUGGGCGCCAGGACACCGAGGAGAAUAUCUUGCUGGGAGUGGACUUUUCCAGUAAGGAAAGUAAAAGCUGCACCAUUGGGAUGGUUCUCCGGCUGUGGAGCGACACAAAAAUCCACCUUGAUGGAGACGGUGGUUUCAGCGUGAGCACAGCAGGAAGGAUGCACAUAUUUAAGCCUGUGUCUGUCCAGGCCAUGUGGUCUGCCCUGCAGGUGCUUCACAAGGCCUGUGAAGUGGCCCGGAGGCACAACUACUUCCCCGGAGGCGUAGCUCUCAUCUGGGCCACCUACUAUGAGAGCUGCAUCAGCUCCGAGCAGAGCUGCAUCAACGAGUGGAAUGCCAUGCAGGACCUGGAGUCCACGAGGCCCGACUCCCCCGCACUCUUUGUGGACAAGCCCACCGAAGGGGAAAGGACCGAGCGCCUCAUCAAAGCCAAGCUCCGAAGCAUCAUGAUGAGCCAGGAUCUAGAAAACGUGACCUCCAAAGAGAUCCGUAAUGAAUUAGAGAAACAGAUGAAUUGUAACUUGAAGGAAUUCAAGGAAUUCAUAGACAAUGAGAUGCUACUUAUCUUGGGACAAAUGGACAAGCCCUCCCUUAUCUUCGAUCAUCUUUAUCUCGGCUCUGAAUGGAAUGCAUCCAAUCUGGAGGAACUGCAGGGCUCAGGGGUUGACUACAUUUUAAAUGUUACCAGAGAAAUCGAUAAUUUUUUUCCUGGCUUAUUUGCGUAUCAUAACAUCCGAGUCUACGACGAAGAGACGACAGACCUUCUCGCCCACUGGAACGAAGCGUAUCACUUUAUAAACAAAGCGAAGAGGAACCAUUCCAAGUGCCUGGUGCAUUGCAAGAUGGGCGUGAGUCGCUCGGCCUCUACGGUCAUAGCCUAUGCCAUGAAGGAAUUCGGCUGGCCUCUGGAAAAAGCAUAUAACUACGUGAAGCAGAAGCGCAGCAUCACGCGCCCCAACGCGGGCUUUAUGAGGCAGCUGUCUGAGUAUGAAGGCAUCUUGGAUGCAAGCAAACAGCGGCACAACAAGCUGUGGCGUCAGCAGACAGAUAGCAGCCUCCAGCAGCCUGUGGAUGACCCUGCGGGACCCGGCGACUUCCUGCCAGAGACCCCCGAUGGCACCCCGGAAAGCCAGCUACCCUGCUUGGAUGAUGCUGCCCACCCCGGCUUAGGGCCCCCGCUCCCCUGCUGUUUCCGGCGACUCUCAGACCCCCUUCUACCUUCCCCUGAGGAUGAAACUCGCAACUUGGUCCACAUGGAGGAUCCAGAGAGGGAGGCUCUGUUGGAGGAAGCUGCUCCGCUUGCAGAGGUGCACAGGCCGACCAGACAGCCCCAGCGAGGUUCUGGACUCUGUGAGAAGGAUGUGAAGAAGAAACUAGAGUUUGGGAGUCCCAGAGCCCGGAGUGGCUCCUUGCCGCAGGUGGAGGAGAUGGAAAGGGAGGAGGGCCUGGGAGCAGGGAGGUGGGGGCGGCCUCCAACCCAGCUCGAUCAAAACCUGCUCAACCCGGAGAACCUAAAUAACAACAACAGCAAGAGGAGCUGUCCUGAUGGCAUGGAGCAUGAUGCCAUAUUUGGGAUCCUUAACAAAGUGAAGCCCUCCUACAAAUCCUGUGCCGACUGCAUGUAUCCUGCAGCCAGCAGGGCUCCCGAGGCCUCCAGGGAGAGAUGUGAGGACCUCAGUGCUCCUGCCAUCUGCACCCAGCCAGCCUUCCUGCCCCAGGUCACGUCUUCCCCUGUGGCCCAUAUGGCUGGCAGGUCCCGUGUUCCGGAGAAGCCGGCCUCUGGCCCAACCGAACCUCCCCCAUUCCUACCACCAGCAGGCUCCAGGAGGCCAGACACCAGUGGCCCUGGAGCUGGGGCUGCCCUAGAGCCUCCAGCCAGCCUGUUGGAACCUUCCAGAGAGACCCCAAAAGUCCUGCCAAAAUCCCUCCUUUUGAAGAAUUCUCACUGUGAUAAGAACUCUCCCAGCAUGGAAGUGGUGAAGGAAGAAUUGUCACCCAAGAAAGAUACGAAACCAGCCAAGGACCUGAGGCUUCUGUUCAGUAACGAAUCUGAGAAGCCGACAACCAACAGCUACCUGAUGCAGCACCAAGAGUCCAUCAUUCAGCUGCAGAAGGCAGGCCUAGUCCGCAAGCACACCAAAGAACUGGAGCGGCUGAAGGGCGGGCCCGCAGACCCGGCUCCUCCCUCUAGGGACGGCGCUGCCGGCAGGCUGGAGGCCAGCAUCCCAGAGGAGAGCCAGGAUCUAGCCGCGCUCCAUGAGCUGGGGCCACUGGUUAUGCCUGGCCACGCCGGGAGUGAUGAGAAGUCAGAGACCGCCCCUGCCUCAUUGGAAGGAGGCUCAUUGAAGAGCCCUCCUCCUUUCCUCUACCGCCUGGACCACACCAGUAGUUUCUCAAAAGACUUUCUGAAGACCAUCUGCUACACCCCCACCUCCUCAUCCAUGAGCUCCAACCUGACCCGGAGCUCCAGCAGCGACAGCAUCCACAGUGUCCGCGGGAAGCCUGGGCUGGUGAAGCAACGGACGCAGGAGAUCGAGACCCGGCUCCGGCUGGCGGGCCUCACCGUCUCCUCCCCACUGAAGCGCUCACACUCUCUUGCCAAGCUCGCGAGUCUCAACUUCUCAACAGAAGACCUGUCCAGCGAGGCUGACCCAUCCACCGUCACUGACUCCCAGGACGCCACAUUGAGUGAAUCUUCCUUCUUGCAUGAGCCCCACGCAAACCCAAGGGACCCAAGUAUAACCUCCAAACCAUCAGGGAAACUCGCCUCAGAAAACUUGAAGAGCCCUUCGUGGAUGAGCAAAAGCUGACCCGCCUUUUGCUGCGUUGGGCCGGGAGGAUAUUUUCACAUGAUCUCUCCCUCACUUUCACUGUGGAUUUUGAUCAACCUUUUACAUCUUGAUUUCCCUUAAAUAAUUGAAGUCAUCCUGACUUUUCCCCCACUCUUGCCACAGAGAGGAGGAGAAGAUGCCAACCAACAUGCAGCACAAGAAGGGGAGCUGUCAGUCAUGUGGCCUGGGAGAACUAAGACCUGCAGCCAGGAGACACACAACUCCACUCCCACCGUGUCUCGAAGAAUAACCGUGUUUUUGAAAGAACGUGCACACACAGGCGCACACAUCCAGACUGUUCCAUUUGCAGCCUGCAGAAGAAGAGUCCUGGUGAUGGCAGCAUCACUGCGGCACACUCUAACUCAUUCUGGGCCUCGCAGAAAACUCGGAUGGCAACAUGAAGUCCUACCUCUGUUCUCACUGUGCUUGUUAUUUUUAAAACACCAGAAUGACCAAGGCUCGUUCCAGGGAAUCCAGCUGUUUCUGAAAGCAUUUUUCCAGAAAAAACCAAUGAUUUUUUGUUUUGUUUUUUUUUUGGUUAGGACCCCAGACGUGUCAAGACUUUUAACCCGACAGCCCCAAGCACUGCUGGGUGAAGUCAUCAGAUGGGUAGUCCCACGCUGUUGUUGCGCCAACUCUGCGCCCGAGUGGAGGUGCAGACUCUGUCCUGGUUGUGUUGCUACAGCUGAGUGAUGCGUUUGACCAGCACGGGGGUCCGGUGGGGAAAAUGUGUGGGUUGUUCUCAGUUGUUGCUAAUGCUGAAGCUUAAAUCUCGAGGGGAAGGACC